GAGGUCUCAGGUGGCUGGUGAGACACCGACAGGCAGCACCCCUUCUCCCAGCCCUGGCUGGCCAGCCCUGGCUGCUCAGGUCAGCCCGGAUGCCAGCCCCACCCAUCACUGUCUCAGGUAGCCACCUCCAUUCCGAUACAAAGGAUUAUUCCCUCCCCAACGCGAGCUGGAGCCCCGUGAUGGUGAGGCUGUACAACGACCUCAUGGAGAAGACGGUGGAUGGGACAUGGACGCGACUUCCGGGAUAUUCGCGCUCUUUGCAGUACUUUAAAGAGGAAGACUUAGCUAGGAUCGCUAAAGCUGUCCCUGUCCAAAUGGUAGAAGACACCCGCCACUUUCUCCGGUUCACAGAGAUGGAGAGACUCGGCUUUGAGCAUGUCAUCUUCCACAAUGACUCGGAGAAGAAGUGUGUCUGCUUGUUCCAGCCUGGGCCCCUCCUGGAGGGGCUGCCUGGGAUUAUCCACGGUGGCGCACUGGGGACCAUGAUAGACACCACAUUUUUCGUGACGGCGUACAAGAGUGCCAAUGCAGUCUUUACAGGAACCAUGACCAUCAACUUCAAGAGCCCGCUCCCUGUCGGUUCAGUGGUCAGGCUGGAGGCAAAGAUCACCAGCAUGGAAGGAAGAAAGGUGUUUCUCUCCUGCGAAGUCCAAAACAGCGACAGGACUGUCCUCUUUGCCGAAGCUUCUGCCAUCUUCUUCCAAAUGAAGUGAUACAGAAGCAAGACACUGUGAGGCACAUCUCCUCCUGCCCCGGAGGGCAGGAAACCAAAGUUUCCCUUGGAGCAGAUUCUCUCUCUCCCAUUGAUCUCCAGCUGCCAAUGUUUA